AUGGCGUCCUUCACACUCCCCCCGAUCAACGAUAAUCCAGAUAGCGGCUGGGGCCCUUCGACCUCUAACUUCCCCGAACAGUUCAAAUUCAAGGACAUCCCCUACGCGCCGUACUCAAAAUCCGACAAACUCGGUCGUUUUGCCGAUUGGAACGACUCGUCGUCCGAGAACCGACAGACCGCAUCCGGUCUCCCGCAGACUCAAAACGCACGCGGCGGUGCUGCGGGGCGGCGCCGGGAUGGUGGGCAGGCGUUUGGGAGCGGGACGGCGAGCGCCUUCGCGUAUUUCCAUGUUGAGGACGAGUCGUCGUUCUCGCUCGUGGACAACAAAACCGCCGCGCCGCGCAGGGGGAUGGGCUUCCUGCGUGGUGGCCGGGGCGGUCAGCGCGGUGGAUCGGCGUACAACAACAACUCGAGAGGCGGGGCUGGGCAGCGCGGCGGGCGCGGAUUCUCGUCUGGCCGUGGCUCUGCUCAGCGCGGUGGACGUCGUGGAGGCUGGAGAGACUGGGACAAGAGCAAUCGCACUCGCGAGUCCUCUGUUGUCAUUUCGCCCCAAUGGUCAAUGCUGGAAGAGAUCGAAUUCCAUCGUCUGUCUAAGCUCCGUCUCGAGGUGGAUGAGCCCGUAGACCUGGAGAUGUACGGCCGACUUUUCGCGUACGACAAGACAUAUGAUCGUAUCACUACCAAGACAGAGCGUCCGUUGCAGCUGGUGGACCGGAUCCGUUACAACACGACGACAUCGGACGACCCCCUUGCCGCGAAGAACACUGCAACAGUUUACGCCACCGAUGUGAUCCUCAGUGUGCUUAUGUGCGCUCCGCGGUCGGUGUACCCGUGGGACAUCGUCAUUGUGCGGGAGGGCAACAAUCUCUUCUUCGACAAACGGGAUGGUGGGGCGUUUGACACCGUCACCGUCAACGAAAAUGCGGCCGAUCCGCCCCAGGACCCUACUCCCCCGAAUCCUGCGGAGAAAGCCGCUGUGCCAGAAACCCCGUCUAUCAACUCUGCUACAUCGUUGUCGCUAGAGGCGACCUAUAUCAAUCAAAACUUCGGCUUCCAGUCCGUUACCGAGAACUCGCCUCCGCCGGCGGUAGACCUGGCACACCCUAACCCGUUCUACGGUCCAGAUGAGACUGAGCCGCUCGCCUCCUGUGGAUACCGCUACCGUGUGUUCGAUAUGGGAGUCACGGAGGACGAGGAUAUCAAGAUCUGUGUGCGGACGGAGGUCGAUGCGUUCAGCCCCGGGCAAGGCAACCCGCGCGAAGGACAGGGCUUGGUCACGAUCCGCGCUCUCAAUGAGUUUGACACGCGGGCCCAAGGGUCAGGCGGUGCCCCUGACUGGCGCGCGAAGCUCGAUUCGCAGCGCGGUGCGGUCGUCGCUACGGAGAUGAAAAACAACAGCUGCAAGCUCGCGAAAUGGACGGUGCAGAGCGUUUUGGCUGGGGCCGAGGCGAUGAAAAUCGGAUACAUCUCGCGCGCGAAUCCGCGUGACAACACGCGCCAUGUCAUUCUCAGCACGGGGUCUGUGCGACCUACGGAGUUCGCUGCCCAGCUGAACGUGUCGCUUGCCAACGGGUGGGGCAUCGUCCGUACCGUGACCGACCUGUGCAUGAAGAUGCCCGAGGGCAAAUACGUCUUGCCGGUGAUCCGCCUUUACGCUGUUCCCCUCGCUGCAUUUACCGCCGAGGAGGAUGACGGCGAGAUUUUCGAAGAGGAACAGGAAUAG